UGUAAUGAUUCUUGCUUCAAGUUGCUUGUAUCCACCCGCGCAGCCUUUACAGACAGGAGAUGCCAGCUUUGGCGUCGUGCUUCUUUUUUUGCUCGCUGGGCCUUUGACUCUUUCGAUGGGCUUGAAUUGUGAUCAAGACGGGGUGAGCUGUCGAUUGAACAUACAUAUGUACCCCCCUUUGAGAGGGCUUAGCCUGAUAUCCCCGGGUGGUGACCGACCUCCAGGCUACGUUGCGCACCCGGUCCGCCGGCUGGUUGGAAGUGGGCGAAGGCCGUCAACCGUCCAUAGCCAGGUCAGUCAUCCCCCAUCCUCUCGUCCAUCGUUUCCAUUCCUCAAGAUGCCGUUCGUCAAGGUCGUCAAGAACUCGGCAUACUUUUCAAGAUUCCAGGUCAAGUACCGUCGUCGUCGAGAGGGUAAGACCGACUACUAUGCCCGAAAACGUCUGAUCACCCAGGCCAAGAACAAGUACAACUCCCCCAAGUACCGUCUGGUGGUCCGAAUCACCAACCGAGACAUCAUCUGUCAGGUUGUCCAUGCCAAGCUCCAGGGAGACUUUGUCUUGGCCGCGGCUUACUCUCAUGAACUCCCCCGAUACGGUAUCAAGCACGGUCUGACCAACUGGGCGGCGGCUUACGCUACCGGUCUCCUGGUUGCCCGUCGGGCACUCGUCAAACUCGGUCUGGACGAGAAGUACCAGGGUGUUGAGGAGCCUGAGGGUGACUUGGUUCUCACUGAGGCUAACGACGAGGGACCCCGCCCCUUCAAGGCUUUCCUUGAUGUCGGUCUGAGACGCACCUCCACCGGUGCUCGUAUCUUCGGUGCUAUGAAGGGCGCCUCCGAUGGUGGUAUCUUUGUCCCCCACUCUGAAAACCGAUUCCCCGGUUACGACCCCGAGGCCAAGGAGUUGGACGCCGACACCUUGAAGAGUUACAUCUACGGUGGUCACGUUGCCGAGUACAUGGAGGCCCUUGAAGAAGAAGAUGACGAACGCUUCAAAAAACAAUUCUCGACCUAUCUUGCCGAUGACAUCGGAUCGGCGGAUAUCGAGGAGAUCUACACGGAAGCCCACAAGGCCAUCCGAGCCGACCCCUCCCCCAAACCGACCGACAAGUCCAAGCUGGAAGAAUACAAGAAAGCCAGCAAGCAGAACAAGCCCUCGAAGAUCACCAAGGAACAACGUGCCGCCAACGUCAAGGCCAAGGUCGAAGCUUACAUGGCUGCUUCUGCUUAGACUUCAUCGUCGUCCUGUACUUGUUGUCUUCUUGUCCCCUAAGCCUUCUUCUCGUCCCCCCUCCCCUCACCCCCAUAACCUCCUAACGUAUGUUAUGAACACAAAAAUUAAAACUUCACACCCUAUGCAUCUUGUGCUUGAUCGUUGCCGCCCUUCCCCAACUGUGGGGGGUUGACCUUUUGUCCCACCGUCAGAAGCCUUGUGAGACCGAUAAACAAUCUUUCUGGUGUGGUAUACACCUCUCCAGCCUUGGGAGUGCUGAUUGAGUUUUAAAAUUUGUCAAAUCAGGCAAUGUGAGUGUUCCUAGAUGAAUGCCCUCAGA